AUGCCACCCAUCCGCUCCGCGCGCACUCGCAAGCCGCCUCCCGACGGCUUCGACGAUAUCGAAGACACGCUCCUCGAGUUCGCCAACGCGAUGAAAGACGCCGAGAACGCCUCGCACGAAGGGAAGCGGCGCGCCGAGGUCCUGUGGCCCAUAUUCCAGAUCAGUCAUCAGCGGUCGCGAUACAUCUAUGAUCUGUAUUAUGAGAAGGAAGCUAUCAGCAAGCAGCUGUAUGACUGGCUGCUCAAGAACGGGUACGCGGACGCGAAUCUGAUCGCGAAGUGGAAGAAGCAGGGGUAUGAGAAGCUUUGCUGCCUCCGCUGCAUUCAGACCAAAGAGACGAACUUCAACUCGACAUGCAUCUGCCGCGUGCCCCGAGACAAGCUGGCCGAGAACCAGACGAUUGAGUGUGUCAGCUGUGGGUGUCACGGCUGCGCGUCUAGCGACUAG